UGAUUUAGAUUGUAUUGACAAAGGGUUCUCUGUUUGAUCUGGAAUAAAUAUUGUGAAUCUAUACAUCAGUGUAACGAGAAAAUAAUCUGGUUAUAUGGACCAAUGCAGUUAUUGUAUACCAAGUUGUAUAGAAGGAAUAGCCGCGGGCACAUGUCGCCAGAAUGAUAAACUGGUGACAUGACGAGAGAAGGUGUACACCAUAAUAUUAACACUGGACAAUUUUCUGGAUAAAAUGGAUAUUAAAAUGUGUAUUCAAGAGAAGAAAAUUUGAUCCAACGAUUGACUGAUCAAAGUUAUAGAUGAAGGUAUACAGCGUUAACUGUCAAUUUGUGUUCAACAGGUGUUAAGCCUAUGUUUUAUUCUGUUGCUUAGCAAUAUUCUUCUAUCAAUCAAAUCGCUCAAUUUCCAUACAGCCUAUAGAAUUAAUAGAACCAGUUGACGUAAAUACGAUACCACAGCGAUGCCGUUACCAAAUCAUAACAGUGAAAGUAAUAAGUCAAACACUUCAGUAUUGAACAAAACUGGCACAGGUAAAACACCUGCAUCAAACAGGGCACCAGGUGUGUAUCAUAUUGCCCAUGUGGCUCCAUCGGGCAACAGGAUGGGGAAUGGAGCAAGUUCUACUCACAUUGUUAUAGACGGCGAACAAAUAGAUGUGGUCAAAUUAAAACAUUUAGUUCCAGAAUUGAGGAAGGAAAUUAGGAAUAGAGAUUCAAAAAUACAACGAUAUGAAGGAGAACUUGUGGAAAAGUGCAAACAGUUGGAAGAAAAAGAUAUUGAAAUCUGUAAAUUACGUGCUGAAGUUGACAAAUUACAAUCGGUCUUACAAAUCAAAGUUCAUAAAGAUGCAGGAAAGCCGGAUAUUUUGGCAACUAUACAGGAAGAUGCAACGAUGGCAGGCCAGGAGACACGUACCAAAAAGCAGGGUGUGUCUGGUGAAAGUUCAAACGCCAAUCAAAAUAGUGAAAUAUUAGAACUAAAACACCAUGAGAAGGAUUUCAGAUCUAAGCAACUAAUUAAGGAUGCAAUUCACGACAACGACUUCUUGAAGAACCUUGAUUCGACGCAAGUACGAGAAAUUGUUGAUUGUAUGUACGAGAAAAAGAUCAAACAGGGUCACUAUAUAAUCAGGGAAGGAGAUGCUGGACAACAUUUAUAUGUAUCAGCAGAUGGUGAACUAGAGGUGCUUAAAAGUAAUAAAGUUCUUGGUAAAAUGACUGCAGGUCGGGCAUUCGGAGAACUGGCAAUACUUUAUAACUGUACAAGGACAGCGUCAGUUAGAGCUCUAACUGAUAUCCGAGUAUGGGUUCUAGAUCGACGGGUUUUCCAAGCUAUUAUGAUGAAAACUGGUUUACAACGACAAGAAGAAAAUAUCAAAUUUUUACGAAGUGUUCCAUUACUGCAAAAUCUUCCAACUGAUAAAUUGGCCAAGAUUGCUGAUGUUCUUGAAGUGGACUUUUAUCAUGAAGGAGAUUUCAUUAUAAGAGAAGGUGCUGUCGGGGAUACAUUCUUCAUUAUCAAUAAAGGAGAGGUUCAGGUAACACAGAAGAUAGCUGGAUUUGACGAUCCAAAGGAAAUAAGAAAACUAGACCGAGGUCAAUAUUUUGGAGAAAAGGCUUUGCUCAGUGAAGAUAGAAGAACAGCAAAUGUAAUAGCAUUAGCUCCUGGUGUAGAAUGCUUAACCGUUGACAGAGAAUCAUUCAAUCAGUUGAUUGGAGACUUAAAUGAGUUGAAAGAAAAAGAUUAUGGAGAUGAAGCACGAGGAGCACAACGAAUUAGUGGUGGAAGUGGUUCAGAUGUUACUUUAUCACCAGUCCGUGAUAAGAUGCAGAAUGAAUUUUCAUACAUAACACUUGACCAACUAGAAAUAGUUGCUACUUUAGGAAUGGGCGGAUUUGGUCGAGUUGAGUUGGUACAGUUAACAGCCGAUCGGUCUAACACUUUUGCAUUAAAGUGUUUGAAAAAGAAACAUAUUGUUGAUACCCGACAACAGGAACAUAUAUAUUCAGAAAAGAAAAUAAUGUCAGAAGCACGCUCACUCUUUAUAGCAAGAUUAUAUAAAACUUUUAAAGAUGUUAAAUAUGUAUAUAUGCUGAUGGAAGUGUGCCUUGGUGGAGAAUUAUGGACAAUACUCAGAGACAGAGGUUGUUUUGAUGAGAUUACUGCUCGAUUUUGCAUUUCAUGCGUAAUAGAAGCCUUUAGAUAUUUACAUGACAGAGGAAUAAUUUAUAGAGAUCUGAAACCAGAAAAUUUGUUGUUAGACAGCCAUGGAUAUGUCAAAUUGGUAGAUUUUGGGUUUGCCAAAAAAAUUGGUCAAGGUCGGAAAACAUGGACUUUCUGUGGUACGCCAGAAUACGUUGCCCCAGAAAUUAUUUUGAACAGGGGACAUGAUCGGGCUGCUGAUUACUGGUCAUUGGGUAUUCUCAUGUUUGAGCUGCUCACUGGAAGUCCUCCGUUUGCUGGGUCUGAUCCAAUGAAAACAUACAACAUAAUCCUGAAAGGAAUUGACGUUGUAGAAUUUCCCAGAAGAGUUGGUAAAACUGCUACAAUGUUGAUAAAGAAGCUUUGUCGAGAUAGUCCAGUUGAGCGAUUAGGAUACGGAAAAGGCAACAUUAAUGAGAUUAAAAAGCACAAAUGGUUUCAAGGCUUUGAUUGGGAAGGUCUACAAACUCGAUCAAUGGUUCCUCCAAUUGUACCAAAGAUUAAAGGGUCAGCAGAUUUUAGCAAUUUUGACAACUAUCCCAAAAAUUCGGAAGUUCCACCAGAUGAAACAUCAGGAUGGGAUAUAAAUUUUUGAAAAUCGUUAAUAAUGUUAACAGUCAGCAAUCCUAGAUGCCAAAUUUGUUGUUGAAUAUGAAGCUCAAGGACAUGUUUAUAAAUCAGGUCUUCUACAUAUUAGGACGAAUUGUGAGAAGGCAAAGAAAAGGACAGCGACAUUUUUAAUGCCAGUACUAGUAUAUGCAUUGUUUGUGAUAUUCUCUUCAGUUAAAAUGUAUACAUAAAUUUGGACGUCCAAUAUGACAUGGCAUAUAUUUUGAUGUGAAUUCAUGCAAAGAUACAUUUAAAAGUAUUAAACAUAUACAUGUACAAACUAUUCCAUAACUAAACGUACAAAUUAAGACUAGACAUUAACAACUAGACCAUGCAUACCUCAGAUUUUGUUUCACUUUUUAUCAUGUCUUGAUUUUGAUCAUUUUAUGAAUCAUAAAUUUUGUGUGAUAGUUUUUUUCCUGAAAAAAUAUUGUACAGAAUCUAUCAAAAACUCUCGAAUAUGCAUUGAGUUAUUCUUAACAAAAUUGAUCAGACAUUUAUAUUCAAAUUUAAUUAGGUAAAAAUUAUCACGAGUAUUAGUCGUUUUUGAAAAUAUGAAUGCAAAGAGUGGCGAUAAUGCAACUAUUUGUAACAUCAACAUUUAAGAUUAUCUGGUAAAUGAUGGCACUUUCAUAUCUGUCUAGUUUCUGAACAUGCCUGUCGAAAUAGCAUCUGAUUAAAUCCGCCUAUGAUUGAUUGUAAGUGUUGAACACUAUUUUCAGCACAUUUCCCUAUAUUGUAGCAGGCAGUUUUUAUUGGAAGGAAUGCCGGAGUGCCCACAGAGAACCACUGAACUUCGGCAAGAAAACUGGCAAUCCUUGUCAAUAAUUAUCGGAGUCGAACCUACCUUAAUACACGAACGGGGUUCGAAAUUAUCAACCUUUCAUACUUUCUGAUAUACAAUGUAUAUCUAUAUCAUUAGCACUGAUGGGCUUACUGAAACAUACUAAUUCUUGGAAAUAUCCAUACGCUUUUUACAGAUACAUUGUUAUCGAGAGUUCAUGUGGUUUAUUCUUGGCAAUGGAGAACAGCAAACGACACUUUCACAUUUUGUCGAUCAUUUGGUUUUUUAGAAUAUUUUUUUAUCACAAAACAUGAUUACCAAUUAAUUGGAGUAAAUUUAUGCGAUUUUCAUGAUCGUUGCAAAAGAUUAAGAUGACUGUCAGCAGAAUAAAAAAAAACAAUUCAAAUUUAUCAAUGUCAGUUCGAACAUUAAUGACAGGUCACAGUUAUGAAGGUCAGGUCAAACACAUUUUACGUUAUAUUUGUUGCCACUAUACGUAAAUUUACAGGUAGCUGAGUAGGGUGAUACAUUGUCUGGAAGCCGGGAAGAAAGAUAACCAUGAUUUACGAAGCACCAGCAUCAGUCAUAUUACAACUUCAUCUUGUAGUAUGGCCUCGAAUUAUGUCCUUUUUAUUUUCAAAACAAUAUAUUAAAUGAAAAUGGUAAUCCAGACAGUUAUUUUAUCAAUGAACGACCUUUAUUGUAAACGUUAUGAUGUUCAUCUAGAUUUUAAAAGUUGGUAAUGACAAUAGCCCUUUGUUUCUUAUAUUUACCCUGAUGCAUCAGUUUUUUUGUUUUUUUUUUCCAAUGAUAACUUGGUUUAUUUGCCGCAAAUCGGAAAUUAUAUAUACAUUCAUGCAAAUAGUAUCUUCUCGUGAUUAUUUCAUUGUGAGUAUACGGAUCGGCAAAAGUGGUCAUGUUCAGAAUUGUGUUUCAUGGUGUCAAUAACAAGGCUACUAGAGAAUUAUUUUCACGUAAGGGUUCAAUAAAGUCAUUUUACAAAGUUUUGUUUGAGUACUGCAUUAUAUAUGUCAGAUUAUUAUAAUAUAAUCAAUAUUUCCUGUACAGCUUAAUUUUAAAUGAUUUUAUGGGUUUUUUUAAAUAUUUUUACGUCAGUUCGAUUUGUUUGCUUUAUGUUUUCGGUAAUAACAAAAUAAUCUAGUAAACAUUCCAUACAUAACAGUUGAUAAUUUGAUUCAUAGUUUAUAAUUCCUGAAAUAACUUUGCGAUAUCAAAAUAAAUAUAACCUCUUUAUAAAGUCGUUUUCAACCAAAUUCAUUUGAAAUAUUAUGAAAUCCUUCAUAACAGAUGUUCAAACUCUACAUCGCAUUCACAGCUUGUUAAUAACAAAGAGAUUAGGGUUAUAUUUGAAGUUUUUUUUUUCCUUUAUAAAUCAAACCUGACUUAUUGCCUUAGUGGAAAAUACUGAAGUCAGUAACAGUAGAAUUCAAUUAUAUAAGUUACACUUGCCCGCAGGUCUGUUGUUAACUAUGGCUUGGCGUCUGUUGUCUUCAAAAUAUAUCAAUUUUGUAAUUUCCACUGAACCAAUCUCCCUCAAAGUAUCAAUUGACAAAUUAUAUCUUUCCUCUGAACGACUGAAUGUUGUCUAUUUGAUUCAUUUAUAGACUGUUUAUUUAUAAUCAUUUCUGAUAUAAUUAAUUUAUUCUUUUCGUAAUUAGAGCGACGUAUCAAAAUGCAGUCAUUCUCUCAUAUUAUAAAGCUGCAUAGUUUUGUUUUAAUUUGAUAUUUAAAGUGAACUGGUGCUAUUUAAUUGUAUAAAUUAAUUCAAAUUGUUCAUUAAAAGACUGUGUUGGUGCUGUAUCUAGCUAUAUAUACCAAAGUUUCUUUGGGGUCUUCCGCGGUAGAAUAUGUGCAAAAUAUACGAAAAAUUUUAGUCUUGAACAUGAUAUGGAUAAUGAAAACAUAACAUUGUUGGUAACUGCCUGAUUUCAGUUAGCAGUAUUAACUUACGAUCAUGUCAAAGUGUGUGUGGAUAUGUAUUUUUGCUCUUCAUUUUCCUCAUCGUUUAGUAAAAAUCUUUUUUUCAAUUUAAUGUUUUGUUCAUUUAGAUAUUACGUUCAGGUAAAAACUUGUUUUUCUUUUUACCUUGCCAUGGAAACAAUUUUGUAAUUACGUUUAAGUUAGAUAAGCGUCAAUGUUUUACAUGUUGAAAUGCAUUUUUGUUAUCAAGCAUUGUGAUGAAAUAUGUUGUGUUUUAAUACUGAUUAUCCAAUGCAACUUGUUCAAAGAAAUAAAUAUGUUUGGGAA